AUUCAGACAAUGUAACAAAUCGCAUUAUUCUUAUAUAUAUUUAAACUUUUCUUGUAAGUUGCUUAGUUUUCGAGAUAUUUCGAUUGCACAACUUGCCCCUAUGAUCAACUAGCCCCUCCCUACCCUAUCUGAAUUUUAUGAAAUUUGAUAAAAUAAAGUCAUUAAUUUAAGAUUCAAUCUUGACAGCUGAUAAUUGAUGUGAGUAUAAAAAGAAGAUGGUUGGUGAAUAAAUAAUCAAAAGCUUUUCAAUAGUAACAGCAUAAAGAUGAUGUUUAAGUCAGUGAUCUUUUCUGUUUUUUCUACCAUUUUAGCAGGUAUAUUUUUAAAAUCUAUAAUUUGUAUACAGGCAUGUUGCGAUCAUGAUAAUCAAUUUGAAGACUUAUUUGACGACAUCAGAGAACAUUAUUAUUCUCCCAGUAUAGUGCCUGAUAAAGUGCCUUAUUUAGUUAGUAUACAAUUGAAUGGUAUCCAUAUUUGCAGUGGUGUAAUUAUUACAUCAUGGGAAAUUUUAACAUUGGGACAAUGUGCCUACCCUUUUGUAUCUCCAUCAACUCAUAAAUUGAUUUCAAUUUACAUUGGAAGUACAAAUCGUUAUAAAGGUGGCUCUACGUAUAAAGUUUCAUCUGUUAGAGUACAUUCAUCAUUUAGAUUAAGUAAUCAUACAAUACCAGCUUGGGAUAUUGCAACAAUUCGUCUUUCAGAACGUAUUAUUUUUGAUGACACUCGUAAUCAAGCUUGUAUUGGAUUAAAAAAUACUGGCAAAUCAACAAUAAUAGAUAAGGAUGCCACUGUUGCUGAGUGGGCUGAUAACAAUAUGUUGUCAUUAGAUAAUUCACUUUUAAUUGAAUGGAAAAUUAUUUCUGAUGAACAGUGUAAUAAUUAUUAUUCAUUUAUGGGUAAUAAGGUGGCAAGUGCUGCACGGAUUUGUGCAGUUAAGACUAGUAAUAUACGUAAUGAUGUUAAAAUGUGUCCUGGUGAUUUAGGAAAUCCUCUGAUGAUCGAUGGUAAACUUAUUGGUAUUAAAAUGUGGCGGAUGGGUUGUAAUUUUCCCGAUUCACCAGUACUUUAUCGAAAUGUCAGAGACUAUUUUGAUUGGAUUGAUAACCAUACUGACGGAGCUUUAUGCUAAAUUUACUACAACUAAUUAUUAAAGACCUGAGUCGAAAUAUUAGACGUAAAUUGAACGUUUUUAACGUUUUGAACGUAGAUUGGAGUAUCAUAAAUUGAAAACAUAUUUAUCAUAAAACUAAAACUCAUUUAUACUUCCAAUAAGAAAACAUAAGCAUAUACCAAAAAAAUUUUUUCAUCGAUUUUGUACUCCAGGAUUAUAAUCACGUCAAUUCCCUAAAAUUUUGUCAUCCGCUUUUCUGGCUCUUAAAUAAAGAAUUCGUAUUUUAAAAAAAAAAUUUUUUUCAGUUUCAUACUUCUAUCUUUAACACUAUAUAUGUAUAUCUGUUCAUAUAUUAUGAUAUCAAGGUGAUGAAAAUUGUGAUUACAAAUAUUGAAAUAAAUUAAUUAAUGUUAUCAUUAAACUAAAAUCAUAACUCAUGAAAUUACCAAUUUUUUAUGAACCAAAAUAAAAAAAAAUCGUUCAAAUUACUUUCAAAACGUUUAAAACGUUAAGAACGUUCAAAUUACGUUAAAAACGUUCAACUUACGUCUAAUAUUUCGACUCGGAAGUACGUAAAAAAAAUUAUUCCUUCUCGAGUCAAAAUUUAGAACCUAUUGUAAUAUUUAACAACCGAAAUAGAGUCUACAUGGAGCCAAUAGAGUUUGAGCUCCUACACAAAAAAAAAAAUUCUCGACUGAAGGUAAAUAUUCUUGAUUCAAGAAAAUUUUUUGGAGACCUAACUUUUCUCGGAUAAAGUAGAAAUCUUUUCCAACCAAGACGAAUUCUCUUGGCUCAAGAAAAUCUUGACUUGGUUCCCGAAAACGUUUGUCUUCAAAAAUAUUUUCUUGACUCAAGAUAUCUGUUUUUUCUGUGUAUAAUAUCCCGAUGUCCUACAAUUUUUUUUUCUGUAUUCAAUAAAAAAAAAAAAAAAAAAAAAAACGUUAAAACUACGAAAAAGCACAAAUUCAAGUCACAACCAUUCCAAUGAGACUAAAUUAUCAAUCUGUAUAUGAUUCUGAAGAUGAAGGAAAAUACAUAAAGUUUUUUUGUCAAGUCGUUCUCGAGAUAUCUUGAUUGGUCAUGUACUAUGUAUAUGUUUUUGAACCCUAGAUUAAAUGUGAAUGAGUCGUGUGACCUUGUCAGGUCGAUAGUAACGCUCAACCUCUUUGCUUUGCGUUAGAGAUAUGCAAUAUUGUGUGCUGCUGAUAGGGUAACAAUUAUUAUAAAAAAAAACUAGACAAUAUUUGUACCUACACUGUAAAAAAUCACCGGGGUAAGUCCAAGCGGUGUAGGUGUUAAAAUUAUCGGUGUUAAAUUUACCCCCGAAAGCGGUGUGAAAAUAACGCCGCCACCGGUGUAAAUAUUCUAGAUCGGUGUUAAAAUAACGCGGCCGCCGGUGUAGAUAUUCUUUACCGGUGUUAAAAUACUUUACUUUGUGAAUAUUUUUACUUACUCGAUCACUAUACUUGUUAAUAAAUGAUAUUUUUUAUUAAUUUCCAUAAAGAACUGACAUUUUUUGUGUUUUAUAAUCUUUAAAGUUAAUACUCCAAGCGGACGCAAUUUACCCCGCUUUUACACCGGUUACCCCGCUUUAACAUCGGUAUUUUUAACACCGGUGUAUUACUCCUCCUACACCAGUGUAAUUUCAAUGUUACACUGGGCGGAGUUAAAACUAGUCCAUUUUUAACACCGCUCUUUUUACAGUGUACAAUAUCAAUAAUCGUUUGAAUAAAAAUUAUAAAAUAUAUAGGGGAGGAGGGGGCAAAGCGAGCCCCUUAAAAUUUUCAAAACUUCAAAAAAUAUAGGGGCAAAGUAGGCCCCUCAAAAUUUUCUAUACGCCAAUAAAUUCGAGCGGAUAAUAAGCUUAUCUAAAAUUCUUAUAUAAUAAGGGCUAAAAUAGACCACGAAAACUGUUCAUUAAAUAUAAUUUAUUAAGGAAGUUAAAGAUAAUAAAAUUACGUUUUAAAGUUUAUAUCGCAGCAGACUAUUAAAAUGACUUUUAUGUUAUUAAAAUACAAUUGUUUUAUAGUUAUUUGCAAAUAUCACACGUGUAAGAAAUAAAAAAUAUCAAAUCCGAAAUUUUUUGGAGGGCCCACUUUGCCCCUAAUUUUCGAUUUUUCAAUUUUAAUGGACGCAGCAUAAUGAAGUGAAAAUAAGUAUCAAGGGUCUAAAUAAGUAAAGGCGUAAAAAAAAUCAAUGAUAUUAUAAUUAUUUUCUUUAAGGGGCCCACUCUGCUCCCCUCUGCCCUAUGUUUUAUAAAAUUUAUUCAUACAACCGACUUUUAAUAAAUUCAAUAAUAUUAAAUGAAUAAAUAUUUGUAUUUGAAAUUGUGAUUUUCAAAAUUAUUUAUCUGUUAUUAUUUUUAAAAAUUAUUAUUAGACUACAAAUAUAGCAUGUAUGGUUUAUUAAUUCAAUCAAUCAGUUUCCAAAAUAUCAUUUUUUAAUAAAGAUAAUAUUUGUAAUUUUAAUGAAAUAAUUUUAUUAUUCGAUUAAGAUUUUCCUACACGGAAAAAGAUGAUAUAUCUGGGAAUCAAUGCCGGUGAAAUAGCACACAUACGACAGUAAAAGAUAUAAGUCGGAUACAUACUAUUUUGCCAGAAUAUAAACUUUUUCGUGCGGGUUAUAUGAAUAGCAUACAGCAAAAAUGUAGUUUAUUAGCUGUAACUUAGCAAAGUUUUCAACGUUGUUACAUUGUUAGACAGGAUUAUAAGUCUUGUUAGAUCAUCAAUUCUCAGAUGUAAUAGUUUAUUGUUAAUGGUGAAUCACUUUGCCCAGAAUUUUUAUUAGAUAAUAUUACUGCCGACAUUUAUGAGUUUUCCGCUUGGAACUGAUCUGGUUUUAUGGUUUUAUGGUAAAACAUUCGGUAUUUUAUAUGAGUCAAAUUAACCCUGAUUAAACAAAAUGAUUAAAAAUGAUUUAAAAUGAUUUGUUUUUUAAUCAUUUUAAAUACUUUUUAAUCCUUCAAAUCAUUUCUAAUCCUGUCUCUUAUGGACAUUUAACGUGUGAAAUCAUUUUUAAUCAUUUUGUUUAAUCAGGGAAGUCAUUACUUAAAUUUUUAAUAAAUUUUCCAAUUAUUUUCUGAAUUAUUGAUAUAAGUAUAAAAUCUUUUUGUUACAUAUUGUAUAAAAUAAAAAUUCUGUACCUAAUGAAUUUUAUCAACUUAUGUUAAGUUUAAUUAUUUAUCAUAUGCAUUGUAAACGUUCAAAUAAUAAAGCCAUCGGAAACGUUUGUCUCAAUUUGACAAUAAGGCAACUUAUUCUUUCCACGAAAUAAACAAUUAUUAUAAAA